AUGUCACAGACUAGUGGCAAUCACCAUCCGGAACAGUGGAAUUCAGUGACCUCCCGCCGAAGGAAGCAGCAUCUUCGAGUUUUCACAGGCUGCGCAACAUGUCGUCAGCGCCAUGUGAAGUGCGACGAACACUCGCCCUCGUGUAUGAAUUGCAGUCGCCUUUCUUUGUGCUGCGAUUACAGUCGCAAAUUCUCCUUCAAGAUCACGCUCCCAGAUGAUUAUCGUCUGUCCAGCGAGGGGCGUCUGCAUGAUGAGAAUGGAGCUAAUGAUGUCGAGAAGGCGGAGGAGGGGGGUCACCAGCUGUGGUCGCAUAUGGCUGCAAUUUCCCCAGAUGCUAGCACCUCUUCCAUCUCCGAGUUACCCGAAGUCUCCACGCCUGGUAUGCCGCCCGGACUCACGUGGGCUUCAGAAGACUUAGAUGAUGAUCCUGAGACAGUUGACGCUACCUCCUCGUCAUCUUACACGAUGGCUCUUCAUCGAACAUCGGCUUUCUCUGUUCACUCAGUGUUAUAUUACGACCACUUUCUUACAACCGUGUCUACCAUGCUCAUCAUCUAUGACACGCCCUCCAACUCAAAUCCAUUUCGAUCAUUUCCUCAGUUGGCCGGUUCAUCCGGCCUGCUUCAGCACGCCAUGAUUGCUCUCGGUGCGCAGCAUCUGGCGAAUAUACCUGGAACGCAAGACAGGUAUUCCCACAACCGUGCUGCCAUGGACGCGUAUGCUGAGGCCAUUACCCAACUCAAGGGCAUUUCUCCGCCCAUAAACGCCUCCUCCCAAUUGGAAAUACUGGCCACUAUCCUGCUGUUGUGUAUCUUUGACCAGAUGUCAUCAACAGGAUCUCGAUGGAAGAUCCAUCUGGCAGGAGCUUGUGAGCUAUUUGAGUCUAUGUAUCGCCCGCGGGUUGCGAUGGCGGAUGAGGGUAUGGUGAUGGACAGCCAAAGCAAGUUAUUUAUCACAUCAAUGCGCAGGUUUCUCGCCUCCUUUCUCUCGUAUCUAGACGUCGCUGCGGCGUGCGCAACGGGAGAGGGUACUAUGAUCCCAGGUGACUACUGGGAAAGAUUCGGAGGAUGGGAAUAUAAUCUGGGCGUCCCAAGUUUUCAUCUGGGUAACAGCGGCGCCGAUCGAGUGCUUUCUCAACUCCGCCAUUCCUGGUCUCGAAUCAUGACCAUUCAGGCCGACAUCAGCAGGUUCGCGAAAAUGCAGAGAAAUUGGCUAAGUGACGACCAACGAGAAAUGUUCCAAGCCGACCUUGCGCACAGAAUCAAGAAUUGGCACAAUAGUGCGCCCAGCAUCUAUGCUUCGUUGAGCCAACUGGAUCAGAUACCUCUUGGCUCUACCGAUAGGGUACAUGAAAUAUUAAUUGCUGCGGCAUGCAUUCGAUCCUACGCAUGCGCAUGUGUUAUAUAUCUCCGGAUGGUUGCCACACAGAGGCUUUGUACUCCAUCAACAGAUCCCGACUUAAAGCUCCCAGUUGAGGAAACCUUGAGGAUGUGCCUGAACUUCUCGAAUGGGCUUAACAGAAUGGCCAUUUUGUGGCCACUGUUUACAGCCGGUGCUGCGUCGGUUGAUGAAUGUCAACAGUCCCUUGUACGCGAAAGCCUACUAGCGAUGCAGUGCUUUGGCUUUAAGGUAUGUUAA